UCUUUGUCUCUGUCGUCUUUUUCUCGUCAUACAUUGUUCCUUAUUCCGAGGUUGAGCGUAUUUCUCGUCUCUCCAACUUCUCUUCUUCGCCCCAAGAACAAGCGUCAGCAGCUUCUUCUGCAUCUACGCAGCCUCCCAUUUACCCACCUCUGUUCUUCGUGGAAGUGGAGUUGCCGUUGAUUGGGUUAACCGUAUAUUAGCCUGCGGGCAUCGACGAGAAUCUCCAACGCAUACGGAGAGGCCUUUGUUCACCCUUUCCCGCCAGGUGCUGCGUUGCGUUUCUCUACGCUCUCGAGCCCGCCAUCGACAUCCGCCCACAGCCACCUACCUCCCAGCCUCAAGUCGCGCAGAGCGCCCAGCCCGACCAUCAUGUCUCGGUCGAACCCCCCCAAUAAUGCGUCGGCGUCGCGCAAAAUCUCCUUCAACGUCAGCGAGCAGUAUGACAUUCAGGAUGUUGUUGGUGAGGGAGCCUACGGAGUUGUUUGCUCUGCCAUUCACAAGCCGUCGGGACAAAAGGUUGCCAUCAAGAAGAUUACCCCCUUCGACCACUCCAUGUUCUGUCUGAGAACUCUGCGAGAGAUGAAGCUGCUGCGCUAUUUCAACCACGAAAACAUCAUCUCCAUCCUUGAUAUCCAGAAGCCCCGAAGCUACGAUAGCUUCAACGAGGUCUAUCUUAUUCAGGAACUCAUGGAGACGGACAUGCACAGAGUCAUUCGAACCCAGGACCUCUCCGACGACCACUGCCAGUACUUCAUCUACCAGACGCUGCGAGCGCUCAAGGCCAUGCACUCGGCAAACGUUCUGCACCGAGAUCUCAAGCCGUCCAACCUCUUGCUAAAUGCCAACUGUGAUCUGAAAGUCUGCGACUUCGGUCUGGCCCGAUCUGCUGCUUCCCAGGAGGACAACUCAGGCUUCAUGACGGAAUACGUUGCCACGAGAUGGUACCGUGCUCCCGAGAUCAUGCUGACCUUUAAGGAGUACACCAAGGCCAUUGACGUCUGGUCUGUGGGCUGCAUCCUGGCUGAGAUGCUCAGCGGAAAGCCUCUGUUCCCCGGAAAGGACUACCACCACCAGCUGACUCUGAUCCUUGAUGUGCUCGGCACACCGACCAUGGAGGACUACUAUGGCAUCAAGUCUCGACGAGCGAGAGAAUACAUCCGCUCGCUGCCCUUCAAGAAGAAGGUGCCAUUCCGCACCCUCUUCCCCAAGACUUCUGACUUGGCAUUGGACCUCUUGGAGAAACUGCUUGCGUUCAACCCCGUAAAGCGAAUCACGGUGGAGGAUGCUCUCAAGCACCCCUACCUCGAGCCAUAUCACGACCCUGAUGACGAGCCAACCGCGCCUCCGAUCCCGGAGGAGUUCUUCGAUUUCGACAAGCACAAAGAUACCCUGAGCAAGGAGCAGCUGAAGCAACUGAUUUACCAAGAGAUUAUGCGGUAAAAGAUUGAGCUCGUGUUUUCAGAGCUCGAUGAAGCACAUUGUUGGAGGAGAUUGUAGCCAUUUAUAAACAAGGUGAAGAAAAAUGGAAGAAUCUGUGGAGGAUAUAGAGCAAUGAGAUUGGCAAAGAAAGGAUAUUAGUCUUGGCCGGGCCAAGAUGAGCGGAUAGCAAAGCAAGGAGGAACGAGACGAGAUAUGAAACGAAUAAAUACACAGGCCUCGGAUGGCUCCUUUUUUUUCCUUUUCACUUUGGUC